AUGAAACAAACGCACAAAACAAUUAAGGAUAAUAAAGACAAAAAACGGACAGGAAGAGGACAGGUGUCAUGGGAGUAUUUUGAUAUUAUGGAGGAUAUCUUUGGUGAAGAUAAAACCAUUAAUAUUGGUCACACAAUAUCCUCUAUGAUAGAAGAAACUGUGCCACCAUCUCUAAAUAUUCCUACUACGUCCACAGGAAUACGAGAUAUUUUGUCGCCAAUCGAUAUUGCGCAACCUGGUACAUCUUCUACAUCGGUAGAAGCUUUGCAACCUUCAUUAUUUCAAGAAGUUUCUACUCCAACUACACUCAUAGCUGAAACCCCAAAAGAAGCUUUGCAACCUUCAUUAUUUCAAGAAGUUUCUACUCCAACUACACUCAUAGCUGAAACCCCAAAUAAAAAGAGCAAGGCUCAAAAAGGUCGCAUUAUAUAUGGCCUACGAAGAGAACAACUCAUAGUUGAAAGAGAAAGAGUUAAGGAAAUAAAGUUAUUGAGAGAAGCCGUUGAAAAAAGCAACAAAAUUCAGGAAGAGAGAAACGAAUUGUUACGAAAGUUAUUAAAACUAUAAAAAUGUAUAAA